CCGCAGAGAACUUGGCAUCGUUGCUCAUGGCCUGGCGUCCCGGGCUUCGCUGCUGUCAUGUCGCUCUGCUGGGCGUCCUUGGCUGCGCGUUUGUGGGCAUCCGGACGCACCGCGGCGGCGCGCCCAAAGUCAGGCGCGCUGCGGUGCUGCCGAUCGGGCCCUUCUGCCCCUUUGCCUCCCCACAGUUCAUCAACCUGUGCACGGAUCCGGCGGAGAGGCGUGAGCUGGAGGCCACCGUGGGGGACAUGAACUGCCUGGCCGAGACGGAACCCGAUGGUGCCGCGCUGGCCGAGUUGGGCGCGCGCCUGCGCAAGGCGGACGGCCCAUGGCGUGGGCGACUGCUGCGGAUGCGCCACGCCAACGACUUCCAGACCAAGGAGUUGUACGAGUUCCUCGAGGCACACCUGGAGACCUUCGGCGUGCGCAUCUUCGAUGUGGAGCGCUUCGCUGCGUGGCAGGCGGACACUCUACAGGCCAUGAGCCGCGGCCGACCGCCGCCGCCCACUCCGCCGAAGUCGCAGCACCUGCUUGGCCUGCUGGACUCCUUCCGAUUUGGACAGGCGCAGCAGCUGACGGCGGACUUCGCCUUGGCAACUGAAGGUGCGGCGCCGGUGGUGGAGGACGAGCGGAGCGCGCUGCAGGCAGACCAUAUUGCCUUGAUUGGCCUGGGGCAAGCGUACGGCAGCUUCGAUGCAGCUGGGAAGCUCAUCUUUUUGGACAAGAUGGCAGACAUUGCCGAGCGCUGGAAGGUGUACCUGGAACGGCUGCGGCUGAUGGGCGAGGCCGCGCCCUUCCCCGAGGCCCAAGGCCUGCUGAGUCGCCUGGGCCUGGAGCCCGCGGAGGCCAAUGGCUUGGUAGGAGAGGCCCAUGCACGCUUGCGCGGCAAGGCCGGCCAGAGUGAGGCUUAGGCUGAGGACAUGUUGCGAGUAGGAACUGAUUCGAUCGGCCGAAAUCGAGUCAGAACAUCACGAAAAUUAGCAGAACCAUGAGCCUGUUUAGUCGAUGA